AUGUUGGUAAUUGGAAUCCACGACUCUCAAAGAAGUAGCGUGUAUAUCAUGGGAGACGUCGUCACUUUAAGGAAUCAGUUACAUGUUAGUAGGCUGGAAGAGGCUGAGGGAGAGCUCAGUGAAGGAGAGCACUGGUAUGGAAACUCUUCAGAGACUCCGUCAGAAGCAUCCUAUGGAGAAGUCCAGGAGAACUAUAAGUUGUCUCUGGAGGACCGGAUCCAGGAGCAGUCCACUUCCCCUGACACCUCCUUGGGAAGUGCGACCCCCAGCAGUCACACCUUGGAGCUGGUGGGACUUGACGGUGAGGUCCUGCGAGACUCGCUGCAGUGUCAAGACCACCUCUCCCCUGGCGUGUCUUCUUUGUGUGAAGAUGACCCCCCAGGCUCCACGAAGCCCCUGAGCAGCAACCUGAGGCGGCUGCUGGAGGCCGGCUCCCUCAAACUCGAUGCCACAGCCACGGCCAAUGGCAGGGUGGAGUCCCCGGUAAACGUGGGCUCGAAUCUCUCCUUUUCCCCACCGUCCCACCAUGCCCAGCAGCUCAGUGUUCUUGCCAGGAAGUUGGCUGAGAAGCAGGAACAGAAUGACCAGUAUGCUCCAAGUAACCGUUUUAUAUGGAAUCAAGGUAAGUGGUUGUCCAACUCAACCACCACCUGUGGCCUGUCCCCGGAUUCAGCCAUCCUCAAACUGAAAGCUGCAGCCAAUGCUGUUCUGCAGGACAAAUCUCUCACCAGGACUGAGGAGACCAUGCGAUUUGAGUCCUUUUCCUCCCCUUUUAGCUCGCAGUCUGCCAGUUCCACCUUGGCAGCCUUAUCCAAGAAAGUCAGCGAGAGAAGCUUGACUCCUGGUCAGGAGCACCCACCUCCGGCCUGCUCUUUCCUUUCCCUGGCUUCCAUGACCUCCUCAGCCGCCCUCCUGAAAGAGGUAGCAGCAAGGGCUGCUGGGAGUCUUCUGGCUGAGAAAUCGUCACUGGUGCCUGAGGACCCUCUACCACCACCGCCUUCGGAGAAGAAGCAAGAAAAGGUCACCCCGCCGCCUCCGCCGCCGCCGCCCCCACCACCUCCCCCUCCACCGCCACAGUCCUUGGAAUUAUUGUUACUCCCAGUUCCUAAGGGAAGAGUUUCUAAACCCUCCAAUUCAGCUUCAGAAGAGGAAAGCGGAAAGCCUUUCCAGUGUCCGAUAUGUGGUUUGGUUAUCAAAAGGAAGAGUUACUGGAAGCGGCACAUGGUGAUUCACACAGGUUUAAAAAGUCAUCAGUGUCCUCUCUGUCCAUUCCGCUGUGCUCGCAAGGACAAUCUCAAAUCCCACAUGAAGGUUCAUCAGCACCAGGACCGGGGAGAGACCUUUCAGUGCCAGCUAUGCCCUUUCACUUCCUCACGCCACUUCAGCCUGAAACUCCACAUGCGUUGCCAUCAGCAUUUCCUGAGGACAGAAGCCAAGGUGAAGGAGGAGAUCCCAGACCCAGAUGUCAAGGGAUCUCCCCACCUCAGUGACAGUGCCUGCCUGGGGCAGCAAAGGGAAGGAGGAGGGACAGAGCUAGUGGGGACCAUGAUGACGUCCAACACUCCAGAGAGGACUAGCCAGGGUGGGGCUGGCGUCUCGCCUUUGCUGGUGAAGGAGGAACCCAAGGAAGAUAACGGCCUGCCAACCUCCUUUACUCUGAAUGCUGCCGACAGGCCGGCCAACCACACAAAGCUGAAAGACCCCUCCGAGUAUGUGGCCAACAGUGCGUCAGCAUUGUUCAGCCAGGACAUCUCUGUUAAGAUGGCGUCUGAUUUUCUCAUGAAGCUGUCAGCUGCAAAUCAGAAGGAGCCCAUGAAUCUUAAUUUUAAAGUGAAAGAGGAGCCCAAGGAAGAGGAGGCCUUAAGUGCCACUUUGCCUCGGUCCAGCUAUGUGUUCAGCCCGGAAUCGGAAGUGCCAGCCCCAAGCAUCUCUGAGGACACCCUUAAGCCCCAGGAAGGGAAGGGGAAUGUGCUAAGGCGGGAUAUGUCUGUCAAAGCAGCGUCUGAACUUCUCAUGAAACUAUCAGCGGAGAGCUACAAGGAAACUCAGAUGGUGAAGAUUAAAGAGGAGCCCAUGGAGGUUGACAUCCAGGACUCGCAUGUCUCGGUAUCACCCAGCCGGAAUGUUGGCUAUAGCACUUUAAUCGGGCGAGAGAAAACCGAACCCUUACAGAAGAUGCCAGAGGGCAGAGUGCCCCCAGAGAGAAACCUCUUCAGUCAGGAUAUCUCUGUGAAGAUGGCUUCCGAGCUUCUCUUUCAACUGUCAGAAAAAGUGAGCAAAGAGCACAAUCACACAAAAGAAAACACCAUUCGGACAACCACCAGCCCUUUCUUUUCAGAAGAUACAUUUAGACAAUCACCAUUCACCUCUAAUUCAAAAGACCUGCUACCCAGUGAAUCUGUGCUUCAUGGAAGAAUAUCAACGCCAGACACAGACAAGAUAGUACUAGAGGCAGGAAAUGGAUUGCCAUCCUGGAAAUUCAAUGACCAGCUUUUCCCAUGUGACGUGUGUGGGAAAGUGUUUGGCCGACAGCAGACGUUGUCCCGACAUCUCUCGCUGCACACAGAGGAAAGAAAAUACAAAUGCCACUUGUGCCCAUACGCGGCCAAGUGUCGUGCGAACCUGAACCAGCACCUGACCGUCCACUCGGUGAAGCUGGUGAGCACGGACACGGAGGACAUCGUCAGCGCCGUCACCUCUGAAGGCAGUGAUGGGAAGAAGCACCCUUAUUAUUACAGCUGUCAUGUGUGUGGAUUUGAGACCGAGCUCAAUGUCCAGUUUGUCAGCCACAUGUCACUCCACGUGGACAAGGAGCAGUGGAUGUUUUCCAUCUGCUGCACCGCCUGUGACUUUGUCACCAUGGAGGAAGCAGAGAUAAAGGCUCACAUUGGCACCAAGCACACAGGAGAAGACAGGAAGACCCCCAGUGAAUCAAACAGCCCCUCUUCCUCCUCCCUCUCAGCUCUGAGUGAUUCGGCCAACAGCAAAGACGAUUCAGACAGCUCUCAGAAAAACAAGAGUGGGAAUAACCUGCUGGUCAUCUCUGUCGUGCCUGGGAGUCAGCCCUCAGUGAACAGUGAGGAAAAGCCAGAGAAAGGGUUCGAAUGCGUUUUUUGCAACUUCGUCUGCAAGACGAAGAACAUGUUCGAGCGCCAUCUGCAGAUACACCUCAUCACCCGGAUGUUUGAGUGUGACGUGUGCCACAAGUUCAUGAAGACACCUGAACAGCUGCUGGAGCAUAAGAAAUGCCACACUGUCCCCACCGGUGGGCUCAAGUAA